AGUCGGAUUCUCUAUCAGUAUCUGAGGGUUCAGACUCACGCUCGCGAUCAUGAGCGCUUCAUUCUGGACUCAGCUCUCAUCUCUGAUGUCUGCUCAUGGUUUGGCCAUGCAGUUUUUGAAGUGAUCCAGAGCGGGGGUUUUCUACAGACUGAAGGAGAUUGUUGGGCUGUCGGAGGAUGUUUUUAUUCAUUCUUCUCUCAGCUCUAGUGCUGUGUGGAUGUGCUCAAUACUCCAGCGACCAGUGCAGCUGGACAGGAAGCGGGCUGACGCACGAGUCUCACGCGCGGGACGUGGAGCAGGUGUACCUGCGCUGUGCUGAAGGCUCUCUGGAGUGGCUCUAUCCCACCGGAGCCGUCAUCGUCAACCUGAGGCCCAACCUGCCCUCCUCCGCACACCUCCACGCCUGCGUCAAGCCUCGGAGGGACUCACGGGGAGCCGCGCUGUACGUGGAGCGGGCCGGAGAGCUGCGGCUGCUGCUGUCGGAGGAGGAGCAGGCGGCCGGACUCGUGCGCUGCUUCGGCCUGCAGGAGGGGGCGCUGUUCGUGGAGGCGUCCGCGCGGCGGGACAUCAGCCGGAGGAUCACGGCCUUUCAGUAUCAGCUGAUCUCCACGCAGACGCCGGGAGAUGAGCCCUACUCGCCUGCAGCUCCCUGCAGACCCUGUGCUGACAACGAGCUGCUCAUGGCGCUCUGCACCAGUGACUUUGCGGUGCGCGGCAGUAUUCAUCACGUGGAGGAGGAGGAGGAGGAUGAAGGUCAGGCCUCCGUGGUGGUGUCGUUGAGUCACGUGUACCGUCAGAAGAGCCGCGUGUUCGUGUCUGGCGGCGGGGGGCGCGGGCGCGGCCGGUGGACGGGUCGCGUGAAGAUGCUGCUGCGCUGCGGCCCGCGGGCGGGACAGGGCGAGUUCCUCUUCACGGGAGCCGUGCGCUUCGGAGAGGCCUGGCUGGGAUGUGCUCCACUUUAUAAAGACUUCAUCAGACUGUACCGCUCGGCUCAGGCUGCCGGGACGAACCCCUGCCACAUAGACACAGACUGAGAGACGCACACAACAAACCUCUGCUGGAGUUCAAGUGUCCAGUUGUUCAUUCAUGUCGAGGUCUGGGUCACAUUUCAUUCCAAAAUCAAAAUAAAUAAAUGAGAAAUUAAAUUUAGACUUCAUUUUAGAACAGAUCAUUUUUUAUAACAAACACAUUUCCUACCAAAAGUAUCAUUAUUGCAUUGCAUCCAUUUGCUUUACUUUUUUGAUUAUUUUUUGUAUUUUAAUUUGUAAUUUAUUAUUUUCUGUACUGCAAUUAUGUAUAAAUAUUUCACUUUUUUAAAAACAUUUUUCAUGGUUUUAUUAUUACUGUUAUCAUUAUAAUUGUUAUUUUUAUUAAAUAUUAUUUUUACAAUUAUUGUUAUAACAAUAAUAAUAUUAAAAUAUUAACACAGUAAUUAAAACGUGAAAUAUUCAUACAUAUUUGCAGUCUAAAUUUAACUAAUAAUAUUAAUAUGUUUUCAUAUUUUUGUAAUAAAAAUUGGGGGCGUUUUUCUUAAUUGUCAUGAGACAAUCAUUUUCACAAUUUCAUUUUGUAUUUUUUUUUUUUUUUUAUGCAGAAUAUCAUUUCUUAUUUUAUUUGUGUUGAUUUUGGGGCGAAACGAGGCCUGGACGUGCUCUUGGCAGGUUUCGGAGAUGGGAUACACAGUGGUUCCAGAUGGACGGAUCACAGUCAGGAAUCCUCCCUAAAGUUGCUGUUCUUGGUUACAGACAGAAGUUUUAUUUGUUUGUUUCUGUCUGUUCUUGUUGCCUGAUUUCAUACAUCUGAAACCGAUGCAGAGAAAUUGUGUCGUAACACUUGGAUCCAAGUGUGUGUGAGUGUGUGUAUCAGCUCUUGCCUGCUGCGAGAGGAUGGCGGUGCUUUUCUUAAAAGCUUUGUUUAUAGUUAUAGAGCAGUCGAUUCUUCUGACUGGAGUGUGUUCCCAUGUGAGUUUGUGUGUGUUUAUGCUGUGUGUGUGUUUGCUGAGUUGCCUUUUGAGUCUGGAAUAAAACACUCUUAAUGGACAAA